AUGCAGCAGUAUCAGCAACAAUGGAUGGCCAUGCAGUAUUCACCGGCGGCGGCGGCUGCAAUGGCGAUGCAGCAGCAGAUGAUGUAUGCUCAACAACACUACUUGCCCUACCAUUAUCAGCAGCAACAACAACAGCAAUUUCAGCAUCAACAAGUACAUCAAAAUCAGCAACAACAACAAAAACAGGCUCAGAUUCAGAGUUCCAGUGAGGAGAACAAGACGAUCUGGAUUGGUGACUUGCAACAAUGGAUGGACGAAGAUUAUCUCCAGUCCUGCUUCGCUCACACUGGCGAGGUCAUUACUAUAAAGGUUAUUCGCAAUAAGCUGACUGGUCAGUCGGAACGAUAUGGAUUUGUUGAGUUCAUAUCUCAUGAAGCAGCUGAGAAAGUCCUACAAAACUACAAUGCCACCAGAAUGCCCAAUUCAGAGCAAGCAUUCCGCCUGAACUGGGCAGGCUUUAGCACAGGCGAUAAGCGCUUGGAUGCUGGUUCUUCUGAUCUGUCAGUAUUUGUGGGAGACUUAGCUUCAGAUGUUACUGACACAAUAUUACAUGAAACUUUUGCCAGUAAAUACCCAUCUGUUAAAGGUGCAAAAGUCGUCGUCGAUUCAAAUACUGGUCGUUCUAAAGGUUAUGGCUUUGUUAGGUUUGGUGAUGAAAAUGAGAGGUCAAGGGCCAUGACUGAAAUGAAUGGCAUGUAUUGUUCUAGCAGGCCCAUGCGUGUUGGAGUUGCGACCCCCAAGAAGCAAUCCACACAGCAACAGUAUCCUUCACAAGCUCUGAUAUUGGCUGGUGGAUAUGCCCCAAGUGGUGCUACGUCAGAAAGCUCUCAGUCCAAUGGUGAUUCAUCUAACACAACAAUAUUUGUGGGAGGGCUUAGCUCUGAGAUCACGGAUGAAGAACUCAGGCAGUCCUUUGUACCGUAUGGGGAGAUCAUCUCUGUGAAGAUACCAACUGGAAAAGGAUGUGGUUUUGUACAAUUUGUUAACAGAAGCAGUGCUGAGGAUGCGAUACAGAGUUUGAAUGGGGCAGUUAUUGGGAAGCAGACAGUUCGUCUAUCUUGGGGCCGAAAUCCAGGCAACAAGCAGUUCCGAGCAGAUUCCAAUAAUCAAUGGAGCGGGGGCUAUCAGAGAAGGCAAGCUCAGAAUGGCUAUGGAUAUGCCAUGCCACAGAAUCAGGAUACAGGCGUUUAUUCUGCAGCUGCAGCCUAUGGGCCAUCUUCGAACGGAUAUGGCAAUCACCAGCAGCCAUAUGAACCUAGGAUCGUGUUGAUAAAAGGCACUCGAGCUGAUACCAGGAAGAUCAAAACCCUUGGGCAACUGAAAUUAAUUGUUGAACUCCUUCUAUAUUACGAAUGA